CGCGUGAGUGUGAUGGAUGUCGAGGCAGCGAUUGCCGCCAAGGAAGGACAACUCAAGGAUAUUGAGCACGAAAUUCAACUCUUGUUCAUCAGGCAAGCUGAAGUAGAACGAGAUCUGACCCUCCUUCGGAAGCAGCAAGCACUGGCGCGAGAAGUCGUCGUUCUGGAUUCGGACGAGUCGGACGAUGGCGAGGGUGCAACGCGGUCGACAGCGCACCCACCGCGUCGGUUCACCACAGCAGAGCUUGUGGAUGCAUUGCGAACACAGUUCGAGCUCCCCUCGUUUCGACCUCUGCAAGAAGCGGUGGUCGAGUCUACCCUUGCCCAGAAGGAUACGUUUGUGAUCAUGCGCAGCGGCGGCGGCAAAAGCUUGUGCUACCAGCUCCCGGCAAUCCUUGAACGCGUACGAUUCUUCCCUCAUCACGUCAGUCAUGAGCCGUCGUAGGACCUCGGAUUUACCGUGGUAGUAUCGCCAUUGAUAUCCUUGAUUCACGACCAGGUUCGACAAAUCCACCUUCCAUCGCGCUAUUGCAUUGCGACCGCGUGGAACCGUCGUUUACGCCUAGGUGAUGCACUUCUGCAACCUCUUCGGUCCCGAGUCGGCCGUCGCGGUGACAGGGGACUCGUCACGACAGGAAGCCAGCGCCGUGUACGCCCGCAUGGUCAAUCCGUCGUCGCCGCCACUUCUGUUGCUCUUUGUCACACCCGAGAAGAUAUCCAACAGCAAGCUGCUCCUCUCUCGCUUCGACAAAGCGCACGCGGCAUCGCGGCUCCAGCGGUUUGUCAUUGACGAAGCGCAUUGCUGUAGCCAGUGGGGCCACGACUUUCGACAUGACUACCACAAACUGGGCCUGCUCAAGCGGCAGUACCCGACCGUCCCCAUUCUCGCGCUCACCGCCACGGCUACGCCUGCCGUCAUCGACGACGUGAAAUCGAUCCUGGAAAUGCCACACUGCACCUUCCUGCACUCGACCUUUCUCCGCCCCAACCUGGCGUACUCGAUUGCUAUCAAGCCCGACAAAGAUGCCACAGCCAUAGCCGCUAUCGUCGACACUGUCCAGUCGUUUGACCCGACCUCGUCUUUGUGUCCGUCCGGCAUCGUAUACUGCAUGACGCGCAAGGAGACCGAAACGGUGGCGGCAGCCCUUCAAGCGGCGGGGGUAAAAGCUGCAUUCUAUCACGCAUGGGCGCCAGAUCGCCACAUCGUGCACACCGAGUGGGUGCAGGGCCAGAUCCACGUCAUGGUUGCCACGAUAGCGUUUGGUCUUGGCAUCAACAAGCCCGACGUCCGGUUCGUCAUCCACGCAACCAUGUCCAAGUCGUUGGAAGGGUACUACCAAGAAUCUGGCCGUGCCGGCCGCGACGGUCUCCCUGCCCAUUGUGUGCUCUUCUUCCGACCGCAGGAUGUGCCGCGCGUCGCCGCCCUGGUCCACAGCGAGCGCGACGGGCUUCGAAACUUUGACGCGAUGGUCGAGUACUGCCUGAAUGAACAAAACAAGUGCCGCAACCAGUUGAUGGCAGCCUACUUUGGAGAAACGAUGGACACUCCGUGUCGGCAUGCCUGUGACGUGUGCGAAUCGAUUCACACAGCGUCGGCAACGACGUUUGAAGGCACCGACACGAUUCCAAUCGGUUUGGCGACCACAUAUGGCCAACAAGUCCUGCAGUGGCUGGCUACACCGGAGAAGCGAUUUACACUGAAACAAGUAGUGGACGAAGCCGUGGCCAAGAAAUCCAAGUGGGCAUUUGGCCGCGAUCCAAGCCUGGCGAGCCGACGACUCGCAGUCGAGCGAUGGCUGCUGCGUUUAACGAUGUUCCAUGUGUUGAAAUGGGACUUUGCCAUCACUCCAUACGCCACGCACGCGUACUUGGCAGCCGACUACUUAGCCGCCAAGGUUCUCCGCGGCGAUUACGCGUGUCCUUCAAUUGUGUGGCUACCAGACGCUGCCAUGGACGAGGCCGACCUCAUCCAUCACGUGGAUCUCGUUCGCCACACGGUCAGCAUUCAACUCAACGUGCUGCCCAGCCAAGUGUGGCAACGACCUGCCAUGCAUCGCUUUGUGCAUUCCCACCCUUCUCUACCCUGGACAAGGCUCCAAAUAGCCGAGUUCUUUGACAGCAUCGACCACGACGCGCUGCAUGAUGUCGCCGUCGCAGCCCUGAUGCGUGUCAAGGCCCCACAGAUCGGUCUCGCUCAACCAUGUACGUCAUCCAAGACAAAGCGACCGCGGGUCCUCUGCGACGAGUAAACCAAAGUCCUGUCGGUUUGUGCAUCGUCAUUCGGCAAGGACGAUGCUGCGAGUGAUUGAAAAAAUAGAGCAGAGGCAGCGGCUACCCCGUGGCCCUGUCGUCGUCCCAGCGUUCGACGCACGAUUCGAUCGAUGGACGACCGUCGAGUCGUGGAGGUAGAGUUGCCAAGCGGCGUUGAAAAGCAAUGGAUUGCCCAAGUAUGUUGGCGAAGUCGCGAUCACCGUGCAUGUCUCCGUGGCAUCUAACGUUCUUACCAAAGUCGAUUCUAC